AUGAACAACCAGAACCCAGCAGUCUUCCUCAAGCAACCCGUCCUCCACAUCCACGACCUCUCCCCUCAAGUCUCCGAUCAGGACAUCAUCGCCGUCCUCCACGAAUGCUUGAGGGCUCGGCUGAGGAUCAACAGGACUGAGGACCACGCAGCCCCACUGACGGGCACAGUCGAAUUCGAGAAACUCGAAAACGCCGAAAAAGCUUAUGCCACCCUGCACAACUGCUACCUCUCGCAGUACGACGCCUACCUCCGACUGUCGCAUGCUGCAGAUCCAUCGGCAGACCCCAAGCCAUCCGCCCGGGUUCGCCUGAUCAAGUUCCUGCCGCCCGACGUGAGCCCGGGCCGACUGUUCAGCAUCUUCCGCCCGUUCGGGCCGAUCUACCGGGUCGCACUGAACUACCACCACACCCCGGACGGCGUGCCCUUCUUCUCCGGGACGGCGGUGAUCGAAUUCUACACAGAGUCCCAGGCCUCGCUGGCCCAGAGCGAGAUGCACUGCAGCGAGCUCGAUCGACACACCAUCGCCGUUGAGGAGUACGACGACCGCAGAGACAGGAGCGGCCGCGGGAUGGCGAUCAUCAACAACUCAUCAUCGCCCCAGUCCAAGUGGGCCCAGGCGGCCCCCUUCGUGCCCGUCACCCCCUCCGGGCCAUUGGACUUCACCGGCCGCCGAGCCAGCGAACAGUCCUCCUUCUCAGACGCCCAGCCCCCCGUCUCACGAUGGGCCAACGCCCAAACCCACCAACAGCCCUACCUGCUCAACCCGAACUCCAGCUCCACAUCCCCCGCCACCUCCAAAUGGGCCUCCCCGCAGACCCCUCAACAGGCCUCCGGCCCAACCAGCCCAGACCCGUCCGGCAACCCGCCCACCACCGUCCAGAAGCAGGUCGACCCAUGCAACCUGUUCAUCAAGGGCCUCAGCCCGGAAAUCGAGUCCGGCGACCUGUUCCAUGCCUUCAAGCAGUUCGGCACCAUCGUCUCCGCCCGGGUGAUGAAGAACGAGGCCACGGGGGUCAGCAAGCAGUUCGGCUUCGUCAGCUUCACCACCGAGGAGGCCACCUCGCAUGCGCUCAAAGCCAUGGACGGCGUCGCCCUCGGCCAAUCUGCCAACCGCAUCGUCGUCCGGCUCCACGAACUCAAGAAGGUCAAGGACGGAAGACCGGCUAAGCUCGUCCCCACCCUAUCCCCCCCGCCCACCGAUUAUCCCGAACAGCUUCAUCAUCAUCAUCACCAUCAGCAGCAGCCCCACGAACAGAUCUCCCUCCUCGCCAAACUGCAGGCCGCCGAGUCAUCCCCGGCCAUCAAUCAACCCCCCACGGCAGAUGAGAAGACCGCACCAGAUCAUCCAACACCCGUCCCGGCUGGACAAGCCACUGUCGAGCAGCCACAAGCGCCACCUGGCGCGCCAGAGAAGGAGAAUGCGCUGAGUGUCGAAACGGCCGUUCCGAGGGUCCAAGAGGCGCCAAUGAACCCGACGGCGAGCGGCUCCCGCCUUGCGACGAGUGGGCCGGGCUCUCCGGGGGCGAUAUCCGGCUGUGUGUCGCCGACGACGUCGAGUGUGGUGUCGUCGGGGGCGGCUGGGACGGAGCGGGAGCGGAUGACGGCGGCGGUUGGGCGGCUGCAGCCGGCGGCGAGGAGUGCGGGGGAGCUGGAGGAGCUGGUCGCGCUGCUGAUGGCCCUGCCCACUCGGGAGCGCAAGCUGUGUCUGUUCAACCCCCAGGUGCUCGCCUCCAAGGUCGCCGAGGCCUUGGAGAUCAUCCAGACCCCCGACGAGCUCGGCCCGCCCAUUCCCCUCCAACCCGCCGCCCCAACCCGCGCCCGAGUCGUCGCCGACGCCGCAACUCCCUCGCCCGUUCGCGCCGCCCAGCUCGGGCCCGCGUCCAUCAAGCCCGGCAGCUCCGUCCCCGACCUCUCCGGCCCCGCUUCUCCCUCCGCCCCUCCUCCUGCUACCCCAGCACAAGAGGAGCCGGAAUACACCACGCUGGCCCAACUGAGCGCCUUGUCCGCGAAGGAGAUCAUCGACAUCCUGCUCUGCGAGCCCUCGCGCGUGGCGCGGCCCCUCCUGGGCGACCAGGGGACGCCCGCAUGGUGCCAGAAACGCGCCGAGACCGAGGCCUGGCUCGCCAAGAUCUUCGCGCUCGCCUCCGUCCACCAGCAGAAACAGAAGAUCGGCGAGAAGCUGUUCAAGAUCCUCAAGACCUUCGCCGUCAGAAACGCCCCCAAGCUCGCCGUCGACCUCCUCGACUCCCAGGACCUGAACGCCCUCGCCUUGCUCAUGGUCCUCUUCCCCCACAUCCUCAAACACAAAGUCCUCGGCGCCGCCCCCGCGGCCAAGCCUUGA